CACCCAAUUCCAUUCUAAUUUCCAGUACCUACACCACCUUUUCCAUUCUACAUUUCAUCCGCAGUUCUCGGACCACCUGCACACUUGUUUCACCCUUCACUUUCUCAGACCCAUCUCUUUAUACGACGGACAGCCGUCAUCGUCAUCACCAUGGCUCGGUCACAUUCGGCAACCUUGCCCAUCAUUCCCCUCCCGCAGGGCAUGGUCCUCCUGCCUGGCAUUGCCAUUCGUAUUCCCGUAUCGUCAGCCCGGCCCGACAUACCAGCACUCCUCUCUACAGUCUACAGCCGUGCCGGCUCCAGGACCUCUAAGGGCAGAAUAGAGAGCGUGCCUAUAGCUUGUGUGCCCCAGGCUCGAGCUCUGUCGCUGAUGGGCCCCAAUGGCCAGCUCCUCAUCGAAAAUGGGGAGAAGGACCACUCUGGCAGUGACUCCGACAGUCCCGACACUACUGCAGUGACCAAGGCGGACCUGUUUGGCUCCGGCGUGGCCGCAAAGAUCACCGGUGUGGAGGGCCGCGGCACGGGAGAAUUCUCGUUGCUCGUCAAGGGUGUCGCAAGAGUGAAGGUGGACAAGAUCUACCAGACACAGCCUUACUUCGAGGGCAAAGUGACAUACCAUCAAGACCAAGUGCUUUCCAAUGACACCUCGAUGCAGGAACUGUUUACGACAUUGAGGUUGUUGUCCCGGGAACUGGUGGCUAUACUCAGGGUGGCCGCGCUUCUACCACGGCCCUCCGGCUCCCCGUCUUUGUCACCAAUCCUUGCGAGGAGGCUGGACUGGUUCAUCAACCAAAAAACCCUGGCUGAAGCAGGCUUCCUCUCCGACUUCAUGGCCAAUGUCUGCGAGACAGACUUUCAGGAGAAGCUCAAGAUCCUGUCCCUGUUCGAUGUCAAGGAGAGAAUGCGCUACGUGAUCGACCUCCUUGACAGACAGGUCGGGAACAUCAAGAAUAAUGUCAAGAUCGCCAGCUUCACCACAUCUUCAAUCCCAAUUAUCAUUGAAACCGACGAGGAGGAGGAUAGUGAGCAUGGCCAAGGUGCGAAGAGGUCACGCGCUCCGGUCCCCAGCCCCUCGAGCGGCUUUGCCAUACCAUUCUCAGCCCAGAGAGGUCGGGGCCGGCCCGGUGGUGGCGAUGAUGGUGAUGAUGAGCCCAACGAGAUUGAGGAGCUACAGAAGAGGCUCGAGGCGGCUAAAUUGUCACCAGAAGCAGCCAAGGUCGCCGAGAAAGAGAUCAAGAGACUGAAGAAGAUGAACCCUGCCCAGGCAGACUACGCGGUUACCAGGACGUAUCUGGAGACCCUGGCAGAGAUACCUUGGACUGCAGUGACCGAAGACCGGCUCGGCCCGACCACUCUGACAGUUGCCAGGAAGCAGCUGGAUGACGACCACUACGGCCUGGAGAAGGUGAAGAAGCGACUGUUGGAGUACCUUGCGGUGCUCCGGCUCAAGCAGUCUAUCAAUGAGGACAUUGACGCCAAGAUCAAACAGGCGCAGGAAGAAGCUGCUGCCAGCGCGGAAACAAGUCAAGCUGGCAAGGAAGGCGUGCCCAGUCCUGGUGACGUGGACGAGCAGGUGAAGGCCAGUGCCGCCAAGGUCGAAUUGCUGAAGAGCAAGCGCAUGAUGGACAAGUCGCCAAUCUUACUUCUCGUGGGCCCUCCUGGUGUUGGCAAGACGAGCAUUGCUCGAUCACUGGCACAUGCUUUGGGCAGAAAAUUCCACCGAAUUUCUCUCGGCGGUGUGAGGGACGAGGCGGAAAUUCGUGGGCACCGCAGAACAUACGUCGCCGCUAUGCCUGGACUAAUCGUCCAGGGAUUGCGAAAGGUCGGCGUCGCGAACCCCGUGUUCCUUCUUGACGAGAUCGACAAGCUGGGCCACGCCAACUUCCAGGGCGACCCUUCGGCAGCGAUGCUUGAAGUCCUGGAUCCAGAGCAAAACCAUACGUUCACGGACCAUUACGUCAACACGCCCUUGGAUCUGAGCAAGGCGCUGUUCAUUGCGACAGCGAACAGUCUGGAUACGAUUCCAGCACCCCUGCUGGACCGCAUGGAAAUGAUCUAUCUGCCUGGCUAUACGACAGUCGAAAAGCGACACAUUGCAACCGAACAUCUGAUUCCCAAGCAGAUCCGUGUCAAUGGACUAGAAGAGGAGCAGGUAAAGUUUUCCGAGGAGGUCGUUGCGAAGAUCAUCGACGCAUAUACUCGUGAGGCCGGCGUACGCAAUCUGGAGCGUGAGAUUGGCUCAUGUUGCCGAGCUAAGGCGGUCGAGUAUGCCGACGCCAAAGACAACGGACGACUGGAGACCUACAAGCCGCAGCUUACUGUCGAGGAUGUCGAAAAUAUCCUUGGCAUUGAGAAAUUCGAGGAAGAGAUCGCUGAGAAGACCAGCCGACCCGGCAUCGUCACUGGCCUGGUGGCUUAUAGUUCGGGAGGCAAUGGCAGCAUCCUCUUUAUCGAAGUCCAGGACUUCCCCGGCGCCGGCACGGUCCAGCUCACCGGCAACCUUCAGAAUGUCUUGAAGGAGAGUGUUGAAGUAGCUCUUACUUGGGUGAAAGCGCACGCCUUCGAACUCGGCCUGGUCCAUGAGCCCUCGCAGAACAUAAUGAAAGAUCGAUCGCUGCAUGUUCAUUGCCCUAGCGGCGCCAUACCAAAAGACGGUCCUAGUUCAGGCAUAGCCCAGACGAUCGCCCUGAUUUCUCUAUUUUCGGGCCGAGUUGUGCCACCUACCAUUGCCAUGACCGGCGAAAUAUCACUGCGAGGCAAAGUCUUACCUGUCGGCGGGAUCAAGGAGAAAUUGAUCGGGGCUCUGAGGGCCGGGGUUCGAACUGUGAUGCUACCUUCAUCGAACCGCAAGGACGUCAAAGAUUUGCCUCAAGAGGUCAAGGAUGGACUACAGAUUGUUCAUGUCAGUCACAUCUGGGAAGCCGUCCGCUUUGUCUGGCCCGAUGUCCAUUGGCCUAGUGAGCAAGAGUUGCCAGGUCUGCACAGCCGCCUGUAAUGAUGUCGCUCCCGCAUGCUGUCACAAACCAACGAUACCGUCACACACCCACUGUUCACGCAGACAAGGACCAAGGGCAGUGCUCGAGGAGAAGUGGGAGAAGGAGGGGGGGGGGGGGGUUGGGAGACAAGAGCUUCCUCAGUGUCGAGGCCGGUUGCAUCCCUUCCCAUUGGUUUAGUCGGUCCAUGGGUCACUUAACAUGUCGUUGGCCGUCGGGGGAGAGGGGGCUUGGUGACGGGUACAGAGGACGAUUAUCGAGAAUUCACGUUGCGCGCUAUGCGAGGACGCGGGGUGACGCAGCAGCAGCGUCGGCACUUACCUGCGUCGGGCAGGUCGCGGAUAUAGUGCUUUCUCGUCUAAUACUAUAAGAUGAGAUCUUUGUG